ACCGCAAUGUUGCUGCGAAUUCUCGUCUUAUAUUGGAGUUUUCCAUCGGGAAAAAGUGCAGAAGGCUCGGUUAGGCCGCUGCGAUACAAUCUGACGAUCCUCACGCACCUGGAAGGCGGCUCUCAGAACCGGUAUGAGGGAAUCGUAUCCAUCGAUUUGGAAGCGAAGAAGGCCACUCGCUAUAUAUAUAUCAACUGCCGCGACCUUUUAACGUUUCCGGAAAAAACAUGGCUAGUGCGUUGGGCAAGCGGCAAGACAAUCACAACAACCGAUAUAAAGAAUUCAAAAAAGGCCAACGAAGUCUACUUGGUUCUCGACCUACCUCUCAGACUUGGCGAGACCUACACUAUGCACAUGUUCUUUACGGGCCGUCUUACUAGGCCGCAGAGGUACGGCUACUUUGCCGGCCGUUAUGACGAAACGCCGCAAAUUUACUACGCCCUAACGCGCAUGGAGCCGGACUACGCGCACACCGCCUUCCCCUGCUUCGAUAGCCCACUCCACCGGACUCCCUUCAACGUGACCAUGGUGCAUCAUCAGAAAUACGUUGCCCUCAGCAGUAUGCCCGCCAUUAGGGAGACACCCCACGAAGAGAUUACGGACUUCGUGUGGACGACAUUCAUGACAUCUCCGCCGCUGGCUACUCAUCAGAUCAUGUGGGCUCUGCACCGCCUCGAGAAAGUCUCCAAUGGCGUUACGGCCACUGGAGAGAAGAUAACCGUUUGGGCGCGGUGGCAGGUAAAGGAGAGGUUCGCCAAGGCGGCGACAAUAACCCCGAGUCUACUCAAAAACUAUGAGACCUUGUUCGGACUUCCCUUGCCGAACGGCUCAGACUGGGGUGGAAAGUUCGAUCAAAUAGUGUUGCCGGAUUAUGCGGAAAUGCACGGCGGCAAGGGUAUGAUGGUUUACGGCGAGGGUGAGGGCGGCCCCAGCCAAAACAGCCUCGAAAGCCUUGAGGUAACGCUGGCGGAGCUGGUGGCGCGCCAGUGGAACGGACUACUGGUGACCGCCUCCGACUGGAACGCAUCGUAUGUGCGCCAAGGCAUCAACAGCUAUGUGGCCUUCCAGGUGCUGGCCAUGGAGAACAAGGGGGACUACAACAGGACCUUCCUUCUGACCACCCGAAUGGAUGUCUUGAGCUUGGAUUCCCAGGUUGAAACAAAGGCCAUCUCCGUCGAUGUGAGGGACAUCCGUCUCAACACGUUUCGCAAACACAAAAUGUGCCUGCUCGCCCACAUGAUAAAGUUGGCCAUCGGCGCUAAGGCGUUCUUUGAGGGAUUGCACGAGUUCUUCCAGCGGUACUCCAGCUCCUCCGCCUCCACCAAUCAGCUGUGGGAGCAGUUGCAACGAGCGGCCCGACGCAGUCACCAGCUGCCCAUCGGUGUGGUCUUGUCCACCACGAUGGAGUCCUGGCUGAAGCAACCAGGAUACCCCCUUCUCACCGUCCUUCGCAACAACCGAGAGAAAAAGGUGACCAUCACGCAGAGCCGCUACUAUCAAAGGAAAAUGAACAUCGUGUCAAAGGACUGCUGGUGGGUGCCGGUCGUCUACAUCACCAAGAACAUUUCGCUUCCCCAGGUUGAGUGGCUCGGCUGCCUGAAGAAGAAGGCGCAGGUACUAGAGCUAAGCAACGUCGUUGACCAAAAUGAGUGGUUGCUGUUGAACGUCGAUGCUGCAGUCCCCGUUCGUGUCCUCUACGAUCUCUACAGCUGGCGGCUGCUCAGUGAGGCUCUGCUCCAGAAUUUCUCGCAGAUCUCGGAGCUCAGCCGUGCCCAGUUGGUGGAUGAUGCCUUGAACCUGGCCUGGUCGGGCCAACUACCCUAUAGGGUCGUCCUGAGCGUGAUCAAGUAUCUUUCGAAUGAGACCAGCGUUGCCGUUUGGCAAACGGCAAUUACAAACUUUGAGAAGCUGCAGAGCAUCAUGAGAAUGAGCACGGGCUAUCGCAUCUUUAGGCUAUUCAUGCAGCUUCUCAUUGAGCCAUCUUUUAAAGCUAACUUCAAACCCUCUUCCGAGAAAUCUAGAACCGGCAAAGCAUCAGAAACCACGACAAGUCCAGAUGCACACUCGAAUGCCACGACAAGUCCUGCCACGCCGACGUUGUCGGGGAUGAUGUACCGGCUGGCGUGCCAGUUCGAGAUAAAGGAUUGCUUGACCGAUGCGCAGCAGAAAUUUCAGAAGGCGAUGGAGCAGAACUCGACCUCCUCCAUUCCGGAGGAACUGCGGGAGACCGUGCUGUGCCGGGGCAUUCGCACCGGCUUGGAGUCUCACUGGCUAAUAGUGCGAGAUAUGUUCUUUGAAGCCGUGAACGAGAAGGAGAAGGGUGCCCUUUUGAACUCUCUCAGCUGUACCACGGAGUACUGGGCGAUGCAAAAGCUGCUCGGUUGGGCCCUCGACGCCGACAAGGUUCCAAAAACGCUGACCCUUGGCCUCCUGACCGCCGUGAUGCGCACCUACCUGGGCUUCUAUGUGGGGAAUCAGUAUCUGGUGGACAACAUAAAUAAGUUUAUGCGCAGCUUCACCCGCAACGAUCUCCACUUGGUGCUGAGUCCUUUUAUAAAUGCAGUGACCACCAAAGAGGAGCUGGCGACGCUACACUCGCUUUUCAACAAGAAGCUUAGGUUCUCGGCCGGCUCCAGUCUAGCUGCGCUGCUAGAGCCCGCGCAGGACAGGCUGAACUGGCGGAAGUAUAACUAUUUUGACCUCCUCAACGCCAUUAAGAAUAUCACUGUAGACAAGGAUUCACAACCAGCUUCUCUGUGGAAUACGUUUGAAAAUAGUAUUUUAGUUUAGAUGGUUAACCAUUUAGAAGUACACGGCACAUAAUAGGAAUAGCCCAAACAACACUUUUAUUCUUCUACAAUUCGAAUUGAAACCACUUUAACCAAGAUAUUGUAUAAAAUGUUCUUGUCCUCCAUCCGCAAACACAAUCGGUAUUGUCGAGUCCUUUUUCUACAAACAUUUCGAAUAUUGGUUGUGAGCUUACAAGAUUUUUGUACAUUUCCGAUAUGUUUGCAGACUCUGUCUAUUAAAGGCGCCUGUUUAUGUGGAUCGAACCUAACUUAAGGCUAACUUAGGGCUAACUUGUAUCCUGUCAGGAGAACGCCGCUUAAGUAUGUACAAAGAGUAUAUAUCUGUAUGUUUAAAAUCGAA